AAGAAACUUCCGGCAGAAUCAGGCUCAGGGAGGGGCGGGGCCAUCUGCUGCGACUGGUUGGCAGUGGGGACACAAGCACGCUGUGGGAGAGAGCCAGUGGUUGUUGUAAACAAACUUAUAGCAGCAUCUGUACAUCAUGUUUUUAUAUCCAUAGCAGAAAUCAAAGAACCACAUGAAACAGAAGUAAGAUGAAGCAAACAGGUAUGGAUGUCACUACAAAGGUGUAGGCCCCAGAGUUGGAGCUGCUAACAACUGUGGCUGUGGGAGGGGUUAUUAAAUUAUAUCUACCAGUGAGGGGCAGAUAUAACCCACAAAUUCUAUCCAAUCAGAGCUCCCCCACCAUCUGGCAGCAUGAAGCUGAACAGCGAACAGGUCACGUUGGUGUAGAGAACCGACUUCGUGUUCAUGAAUGUGACCGCAGCUCUGAGGUCCUCCUGAGCUCUUCGUACUGAAACUCUUGAGUCAUGUUUUUACUUUUGUUUUCACAUUUGGGGAAUCCCAGGGCAGUUUUUACUUUCAUUUGGUGACUGUCCAGGUACGUUCAUAACAUACAGCUCAUUUAGUCAGCCAGUCAAAGACCUGCAGUGUGGUGGUGUGCCAUGACUAAAGGUACAUUCUAUUCUAUUCUAUUCUAUUCUAUUCUACAGGCUGCACAGGGUCAGAGCAGAUGUUUUUGGAGCAGGAAGCACCUGAAGGACAACGCUAAAGACAGUCAAACUUCUGAGGAGAUGGAGAGAGACGAGGAACUGGAAAGAUUGUUUCAGAGGUUAGCUGUAUUUACACCCUGCAGAGCAGACAGACUGAGGAGCUGUGAUGAAAGGGAAAGAUUGACAAAGCUGGCAAUGAGAAGCUGCACAGAUGAAGUCACCCUGCAGUGGCUGAGAAAAAACUCUGAUGCCUUCACAGACAUGUUUGACUUUCUGAAGAAACACAUUGAUGAAGAGGAGAAGAAGAACCACAGUGAUAAUGUUCACAUCAGCUUCGUGGCUCAUGGAGCAAUCAAAGACUUCAUGAUCGCAGCCAGCUGUUACCUGCCUCUGCCCACCAUCACUGACGUGCUCCUGUAUUCUCCCUGGAACUGCAUCACUUCUGGUUUAGUGUACGGUGUCGCUACAGGAAAACUGAGGCCUCAGCACAGAGUUUUUUACUGUAGGAAAGAAAAAGGCUGUAUUAUUCCUGAUGACAAACAUCGACCUGUGAACCUGCCAGACCACUGGAACUCACUGAAGAAAGCUGGAGCACAGAAGGUCCCAAACAUCACGGUUAGCCCUCUUCGAGAUAAUGAUGGAGUGUGGGAACACUUUGAGUCUCUCUCAGCUAAACACGGCCCACCAGGAAGGAACCGCAUCGUCAUCCCGUACAACCUCCCAGGACGGGAAUAUGAAAGCAUCCCGUUCUCUGUGGUGACCUUGGCUCUGUCCCUGGUGCUCCUCUCCUCCAGGUUUAAAGGGACUCUUCACUUCUCUGGUUGUCUCGGUGAUCACUCUACUGGACAGAGAUUUGACAGGAAGUAUCUUCAGGAGCAGUACGCCUGCACCAUCGACAACAGCAUGAUGACACAUUCACCUGAAGCUUUCAGGGAGACAGAUGAUGAUAAAUGCCGCUUGUGUUAGACAUGUUUGUGGACGUGUUAGUGUAAAG